AUGGUGAAGGACGAUGAGGUGAAUGUGCCGCUUCAGGGCACUCGAUAUCAGCCGGCGCCGGGACGAUUGACGGGCGUUUUGGCGUUCACCGCGUUCUCGGUCACUUUGGCGUCGUUCCAAUUUGGAUACCAUAUCGGUUGCAUCAAUGCCCCUGGCGAGCUUAUCACCAGAUUCAUCAAUCAAUCUCAUGAGCAGAUGUUCUCGACGAAGCUCACCAAGGAUCAAGCGGAUUUAGCAUUUUCGGUUGCCGUGUCGAUGUUCGCUGUCGGCGGAAUGGUUGGCGGAUUGAUGUCGGGAUGGUUGGCGGACAAGGUCGGACGUCGCGGAGCUCUCCUCUACAACAAUUUGAUUGCGCUUGCCGCUGCUGCGUUGAUGGGACUCGCCAAAUCGGUUGGCGUUUAUUAUAUGAUCAUCCUUGGACGCCUCCUGAUCGGAUUCAAUGCUGGACUCUCGUCGGGUCUCGUGCCGAUGUAUUUGACGGAGGUCUCGCCGAUCAAUUUGCGCGGAAUGCUCGGCUCGUUGCCGCAGCUUCUCGUCACGAUUGCGAUUCUCGUCUCGCAAAUUUUCGGAUUGCCGCAACUUCUCGGCACGGCGCAACACUGGCCGCUCAUUCUCGCGUUCACCGUCGUGCCGGCCGUUCUUCAAUUGGCCACACUGCCGUUGUGUCCCGAGUCGCCCAAAUUCACGAUGGCGGUUCGCGGGCAACGCGAGAGCGCCGAAGCGGCACUGAAGAAGCUUCGCGGCACAAGCGAUGUGACGGCGGAGAUUGACGCGAUUCAGGAGGAGGUGGCCGUCGCCAGCGCUCAAGAGAAGCCGACGAUGGGAAGCAUGUUCACGGGCAGCUUGAGAUGGCCGAUGUCGAUUGCGAUUAUGAUGAUGAUCGCCCAACAAUUCUCGGGAAUCAACGCCGCCAUGUUCUAUUCGACGGUUAUAUUCAAAGGCGCCGGACUCACUGGAAAUGAGCCGUUCUAUGCCACCAUCGGAAUGGGAGCUGUCAAUGUGUUGAUGACAAUCGUCUCCGUCUGGCUCGUCGAUCAUCCGAAGUUUGGACGUCGCUCGCUUCUGUUGAUUGGAUUGAUUGGAAUGUUCGUGUCGACUCUUCUUCUCGUCGGUGGUUUGACCCUUCAAUAUCAGGGUGAAGACUAUAAGUGGGCCAGCUAUUCGGCGAUUGGCUUUGUGAUCAUGUUUGUGAUCGCGUUCGCGACGGGACCCGGCGCGAUUCCAUGGUUCUUUGUCUCGGAGAUUUUCGACUCGUCGGCUCGCGGAAAUGCCAACUCGAUUGCCGUCAUGGUCAACUGGGCCGCCAAUUUUCUUGUUGGCGUCGCGUUUUUGCCGAUUAAGAACGUGCUCAACCAAUUUGUUUUCCUCAUCUUCUCUGGAUUUUUGGCGAUUUUCAUCGUUUACACGUGGAAAUUUGUGCCGGAAACAAAAGGAAAAUCGAUUGAUCAGAUUCAAGCCGAAUUUGAAAAGCGUCGAUAA